AUGGGGCCAGUGGAUCUCGGCCACGAAGCCAUGCAGCGUCCUCUCCAUGCCGAUGAAGGAGAAGGGGGAGGUGGCACCGACGAAGGAAGAAAGAUCGAGGAGGCGGCGUUGGUGGAGGAGCAGAGAAUCUCGGGGGGCCAGAUCUUGGCCUCCAAGCUGGCGAAGGGGAAGAGAGGGGCCGGUAGAGAAGAGGAGGGGGUGCUGGCUGGGUCUCGGCCGCCUGUAGCUGGAUCUCGGCCGCCUGUAGCCUCGCCGGCGGAGGAGAAAGCGGUUGGCGCCGGUGCAGGAGAAGUGGUGGGCGGCUCUGGUGGAGUUAAGGAGAGAGAGGAUGCCAAGAUGAGAAUGGGAGGAAGGGGCGAGCGGAUGGGCCAGCCUAGCCUAGUGGGUGGGGUUGUCAGUAGUAUGCAGAGCUAG